AUUCUGCUUGGUAAAGCAGGCAAACUCUACUUCUCUAUAGGUGGUCAAGUCUUACUACCUUUUUAAACGCAGGUUAUCAUUCCUCGAAAUAAAAUAAAGACUACCAACAGUAAUUUGGUCCCAAUGAGCAAAACGCUGCAACAGAAGAGUACUACAGAUCAAAACGUCAGCGUUAUUCACAUUCAACCCCAUACUAGUGGAUUACAGCAAGUCCCACAGUUGAUACCAGACUGCUCUAUAGGUGGAGGCAAGGCCAGUCCACCAAGCAAGCAAGCUAGAAAAAAUGCUGUCAUGGACAGAAACAGUGAAGAAUAUCGUCAGCGCAGGGAGAGGAAUAACCUGGCUGUGAAGAAAAGCCGAUUAAAAAGCAAACAGAAAGCUCAAGACACACUCGUGAGAGUUAACCAACUAAAAGAAGAAAAUGAACGCUUAGAGGCAAAAAUCAAACUCCUUACAAAGGAACUUGGUGUUUUGAAGGAUUUAUUUCUAGAACAUGCUCACAGUUUGGCAGACAGUGUGCAGCCUCACAGUACUGAAAGCUCUACAGCAAAGCAAGAAAACACAUGAUAAACUUUUAUUUUUA